ACUCUCGCAGGAAUGUGACGUACUCCAUUGACUCUGAGCUGAGGAAGCUCAGAAAAAGUUUUUCAUUUAUUUUCCUGCCAGCUGCCUUUUGAGGAUCUUAGAGUUAUGGAUAAAUUAAAAUCUGUUUUAAGUGGUGAGGAGGCACGAAGAGAGGACAGAAACGUUUUACAGACCGUGAAGGAAGCCUCGUCUUUAAGCUGGGCCACACGCAUAAAGGGCUUCGUCGCCUGUUUCGUGGUGGGAGCUGCAUGCACAAUUUUGGGAGUGUGUGCCCUCUUCCUGCCCAGGAUCGGUCUCACUCUCUUCAUUGUCUUUUACACCUUUGGAAACAUAUGUGCUCUUUGCAGUACAAUGUUUCUGAUGGGUCCAGUGAAGCAGCUGAAGAGGAUGUGUGACAAAACCAGAGCGUUGGCCACCACUAUCAUGCUGACAUGCCUUGUUUUGACCCUCUGUGCAGCUUUUUGGUGGAAAAACUUUGGACUCGCCUUACUGUUCUGCAUUUUACAAGUCUUGUCUUUUACCUGGUACAGUCUGUCAUACAUCCCGUGUGUGAGGGAGGCGAUCCUGAAGCUUGUGUCGAUGUGCAUCAAGUGA